GUGGGCUGGAUUUUCCCAUGGCCUGGAUCUGUUGGAACAAUCUCAGCAAAAGAUUUUGCACAAAAUAGUUUUAACUUCUGAAAGUUAGUGUACAACCGACAACGGCAAAGCUUUCUAGAAGGUUGUGAAUCCUUUUCAUUUCAGCAGUAGCAAUUGAGCACACCACAACCUUACAACAAAACGGCGAAGCGCAAGUAAAGCACAACCGGAAAGAAUUCAAAGUCAUCUAAAAUCUCAUCACGCAAAUGUCGGUCACGUUGCACACUAAUCUGGGCGACAUCAAAUGCGAGAUCUUCUGCGACGAGGUUCCCAAAACCGCCGAGAACUUUUUGGCCCUAUGUGCUAGUGGUUAUUACGAUGGGACCAUAUUCCAUAGAAACAUAAAAGGUUUUAUGAUACAAGGUGGAGAUCCAACAGGUACAGGCAAAGGAGGGACUAGUAUAUGGGGCAAGAAGUUCAACGACGAGAUAAAGGAGUCUCUCAAGCACAAUGCAAGGGGGAUACUAUCAAUGGCGAACAGCGGACCCAAUACAAACGGAAGCCAGUUCUUCAUAAGUUACGCAAAGCAGCCGCAUUUGAAUGGACUUUACACUGUGUUUGGCAAAGUAAUUCAUGGCUUUGAAGUUUUGGACCUCAUGGAAAAGACUCAAACAGGACCCGCUGAUCGACCUCUCGCAGAGAUCCGGCUCAAUCGAGUGACUAUACAUGCUAACCCCCUCGCGGGGUAGUCUUUGAUUUGUUGAAAUUUUAUUGUUGGGACUUGGGUGGUCUUGUUUAGUUGCUAAUAGUAACUGCAGAUUCAUAUUCCUGGCUCAACUUGUAUUCAGUUUCAGCUGUAUUUUUUAUAACAAGAAGAAGGAUAGAGAGAUGGGAA